ACCACUUAACAAAAGAGAGAGAGAAAGUAUGUGAGGGGAAGAUAAAGAAAAUCUUUUUUUUUUUCUUUUUUCUCAGUGUGUGUUCUUAAGAAAUAAUUUCAGUGAUAAUGGAAGAUCAAGAUUUUAGUUGUUUUUACUCACAUCCAUUUGUUUUUUUCAAGUUUUUAACUCCAAAAGAAGCUGGGAGGCACAUUUGUUGUGAUAAAAAGAAGGAAAAAGGGAUACCAUUUGUCCAAAUUUUCUUGUUCUUGCAGCUGAUAUUUUCAAGAACUCAGUUAGCUUUAGGCCAAGAUAACUGGGAUGGUAUAAUUAUCACUGAAGCAAAUUUUCAAGCCCUUGAAGCACUUAAACAUGAAUUAGUUGAUCCAAAAGGGUACUUAAAAAGCUGGAAUAACAGCAAUGGAGCUUGUUCUGGUAGUUGGAUUGGUAUUAAAUGUGCUCAAGGUCAAGUUAUUGUUAUUAAGCUUCCAUUAAAAGGAUUAAGUGGAAGAUUAACUGAAAAAGUUGGUCAGUUGCAAGGUUUGAGGAAACUUAGUCUACAUGAUAAUGAUAUUGGUGGUUUAGUUCCUACUUCUUUGGGUUUUUUGCCUAGUUUAAGAGGUGUUCAGCUUUAUAAUAACAGGUUUUCUGGUUCUAUUCCUGGUUCACUUGGUUUAUGUCCAUUACUUCAAACACUUGAGCUUAGUAAUAAUUCUUUAUCUGGUACAAUACCAAUUAGUCUUGUUAAUUCAACUAAGCUUUAUAGGCUUAAUUUGAGUUACAAUUCAUUGUCUGGUUCAAUCCCUCAAAGUUUCACUCAGUCACCUUCUUUAAUCUUUCUUGAUUUACAAUAUAAUAAUCUCUCAGGUUCUAUACCAGAUUCUUGGGGUGGAAAAUUACAAUCUUUGACACUUGACCAUAACUUUUUCUCUGGUGGCAUUCCUGUUUCUUUGGGAAAGUUGAAUGAGCUUCUUGAGAUUUCACUUAGUCAUAAUCAUAUUACUGGUGUAAUCCCAAAUGAGAUUGGAAAGCUCACUAUGCUUAGAACACUUGAUUUAUCUUAUAAUGCUAUUAAUGGGAGUUUGCCAGAAAGUUUCUCCAAUUUAUCCUCCCUCGUGGUUGUCAACUUGGAAAGUAACAAUCUUGAUGGUGAAAUCCCAUUAGAUAUAAACAAAGUGCGAAAAUUGUCUGUUCUCAAUUUCAGGGAUAACCAGUUUAGAGGUGUUAUUCCAGCUACCAUCGGGUACAUUUCCGCUUUAAGCCAGAUAGAUUUGUCUCAUAACAAUCUAACCGGAGAAAUCCCGGUGUCUGUUGAUGAUUUACCAAAUCUUAAGUCCUUCAAUGUUUCAUAUAACUCUCUGUCUGGUCCUGUUCCUACUCAUCUUGCUAAGGAAUUCAAUACAAGCGCCUUUGUGGGUAAUGUUCAGUUAUGUGGCUAUAAUACUUCAAAUCCAUGUCCUGUUACGCCUUCUGCAGGAGGUUGCAAACGAAGUAUUAAAGACGUUAUUAUCAUAAUAGUAGGGUCUCUCAUAAUAAUUGUGUUUCUAGUCUGUUGCAUUCUCCUUUGCUGCUUGAUCAAGAAACGAGCGGAAGCCAAAGCAGCAAAUGAUGUAAAGGAUAUUCAUCCGACUGUUGGAGAGGUCGAAGCAGCAGGAGAUAAUACAGGAGGAAAACUUGUCCAUUUUGGUGGAGGUAUGAUGUUCAGUGCAGAUGAUCUUUUAUGUGCUACUGCUGAUGUAUUGGGAAAGAGCACUUACGGUACGGUGUAUAAAACCACAUUAGAAGAUGGAAAUCAAGUUGCAGUGAAAAGAUUGAGGGAAAAGAUUACAAAAGGUCAGAGGGAAUUUGAGAGAGAAGUCAAUGUUCUUGGAAAGAUAAGGCAUCCUAAUCUUCUGGCUCUUAGGGCUUAUUACUUAGGAACAAAAGGAGAGAAACUUCUUAUUUUCGACUACAUGCCUAAUGGAAGUCUGGCAACUUUUCUUCAUGCUCACGGCCCGGAUACACCAGUUGAUUGGCCAACAAGGAUGAGAAUAGCAAAAGGGACGACGAGGGGAUUGCUGUACCUUCACACUAAUGCCAACAUCAUUCAUGGGAAUCUUACGUCGAGCAAUGUUCUGCUUGAUGAAAACACAGAUGCAAAAAUUGCAGAUUAUGGCCUUUCUCGCCUAGUGACCGCUGCUGCAAAUUCAAAUGUAAUUGCCACAGCAGGGGUACUAGGCUAUUGCGCACCUGAACUUAAUAAGCUCAAGAAAGCCAAUGUGAAGACGGAUGUCUACAGCCUUGGAGUCAUUAUACUGGAAAUCCUAACUGGUAAGUCUCCAGGAGAGGUAACGAAUGGUGUGGAUUUGCCUAAAAGGGUGGCAUCGAUUGUAAAAGAAGAGGGAACAAAUGAGGUGUUUGAUUUGGAACUAAUGAGAGAUGCAUCCAUAUUUGGUGAUGAAAUGUUAAGUACACUGAAAUUGGCUUUGCACUGUGUUGAUCCGUCGCCAUCAGCUCGACCAGAAGUUCAACAAGUUCUCCAGCAACUGGAAGACAUUAGGCGUGAAACGCCAACUGCAGCUCCCUCGGCAAGUCACUAGAUUGUUUUUUGAUAAAGUAUUUUGAGAUGUUAGGUGUUAGUUGCCAUGAUUCUUUCAUUCUUGAAUUUCAUUGCUAGAGUAUUAGGUCUGUUUCAAGUGUCUUUAAAUGCAACUAUGCUACAUUGUUUUGGUGUUUAAGCAUAGUAGAAUUCUUCUAAGUAUCA